GGUAAUCACUGGUAUUAUGGACAGUAUUAAUUUAGGCUUCUGGGAGACACACGUACCAGAUCUGUCACUACUGCGCCGAGUUGUGUGGUAGAACGUAAGUUUUAAGGUGGCAUGUAUCGGCUGGUGGGUUGACACCCACGUUGCUGCGCCCCAAGAUUACUGUGGCUUUUUCGCAAAAUCAUCCUUAAGCGGCAAGUGUCUUUGAUUCAUACUCUACCUGUUGGCAAGGCUGAGAGCAAAGAUAAGUCAAUCAAAAAUUAUAUAACAUCGCAAGAAUGCAGAUAAAUCGCCAGUAAGUCUUGUAAUUAUCUUCAUACAAAGGUGGAACGAACAAGAGCUAUCGCCCGCCAACUGUAAUAUGGCAGCAGAGGCCUCAUCGACAUUAAAAAUGGAAGGCUCUUCUAGAGCUCCUAUAGCGACAUCAAGCACGUCUCCGGCGCCUGUGGAAUCUACUGCUGUACCAGAGCGUGGCGAGCCGUUUCGAGAGUAUAGGAUCACGCAUGCUUCGAAUCACCGCGACUAUCUCCUUCAUAUGUCAACACCCACAUCUAAGUCAAAAAUCACGCACUAUGUUGGAAACUCCAACGCCAUCGGGAAGCCCGCUGUGAAGCUUCGUCUGGGCGAGACAAAGGAAGGGCGUCUCCUUGGAGUGGCAAUUUUCGUGCCCUUGUCGAACAACAUUGACAUUGGCUUCGGGGACGACCCUGAAAAUUUGAGCACCACCUCUUGGGAAAGACUUGAGAAUCUUUCGAUCUCUUCCAACACUUAUCGCCUGAAGAUUGGACUCGGGGACAGUUCAAGGGCCGUUCUCUGGAAACGUACUCACAGCCCCGAUGGGUCGUCGGAGGCGUCAAUAUUCUCCAAGAUGUCUAUGCUACACCUGAAGCUUAUCGAUGAGGCCACAGGCAAGUUGUUGGCAACAUAUACAAACCAUAUUGGCCUGAGCUGGAAGAACAAGGGGACGAUUAGGAUCUGGGAAGACACAGGUGAUGAGGCGUGGAUACAAACCGUGCUUUUGACGGCGCUGGCGCUUAUUGAGAGAAAUGUGAGAAUGUAACUGUGUUUAUUUAAUCGUGCAAGCAUUUGUUUCAGAUCCUACUAUUUAUGAACAAUCGUAC